CGCGCAGCGACGGAGGCCACUUCGUCGACACCCAUCUGCAUGCAAUAAGAGCCAUUGCAGCUGAUCGAUACGCGAGCGAUGGCGAGUGUGAAGGUUUUCGGGUCGCCAACGUCCGCCGAGGUGGCGAGGGUGCUGACAUGCCUCUUCGAGAAGGACAUUGAGUUCCAGCUGAUUCGCGUCGACAACUACAAGGGCCAAAGGAGACUCCCGGAGUAUCUCAAGCUGCAGCCCUUCGGACAAGCUCUCACUUUCGAAGACGGAAAACAGACCCUCGUCAAUUCGCGCGAAAUCUGCCGGCACUUAGCGGAGAAGUAUGCGGGGCAGGGGAACAAGGACCUGCUCGGUUCCGGCACGCUGGAGCGUGCCUCCAUCGAGCAGUGGCUGCAGACGGAGGAGAAGAACUUCGAUCCGCCCAGCUCUGCCCUUGUCUUCAACCUCGCCUUGGCGCCGCUGCUGUCAAUGGAUCAGGACAAGGACGCGGUGGAGCGCAGCAAGAAACAGCUCGACGCCGUGCUCAAAAUCUACGAGCGUCGCCUCGACGAGAGUGAGUACCUGGCCGGCGACAAGUUCACACUGGCUGACCUCUCCCACCUCCCCAACGCCCAUCGCCUCGUCCACCGCCCCGACUGCAGCUCCCUGUUCAACUCCAGGAAGAGGGUGGCUGAGUGGUGGAAGGCCAUAUCCAGCCGCCCCUCAUGGCAGAGGGUCGUCGAGAUGCAACAGGAGCCUCCCCACAUCAUCUAAUCUAAUCUAAGCAGCGGAUCGGAGUGGCUACUACUUGAUCAUGUGUGUUUGUUUGUUCGCUCGCCUUGUUUUUCGUCGUUAAUUUGUAAGUGUGUGCUCGACUCCAGUGCCUCUGUCGCCGUUGGAGUUCGUUUGUUUACUUUGAUGCUAAGUAUUGGUACUAAAUCAAAUAAAAAUACUUUACUCGACUCCAA